GAACGUUUUCCGAGACACGCACCCAAAAUUUUAUUUAAAAAAUGUAUGAAGAAAUUCCGAAAUUAAACGAUUUAUUGAAAGGUUACUUUGAUGGAGAAAUAAUUAAGCAAUCUAUUUCAUUGCUGACCGCUGCAGGUGAAAAUUAUGGCAGUUUAAUGUUAAAAGUGGACGUGACAGUGAAAAAUAAUAGCGGCAAAGAAGAAAUUAUUCCUACAGUGGCAAAAUGCGUACCGACAAAUGAAAAAAUGCGUGAAAUAUUUUCUACUCACGUCACGUUUAAAAACGAAAUUGGUUGGUACCAACAAGUGAUUCCUGCCUUUCUGCAGUUUCAAAGAGAGCAGGGCGUCGAAAAUAUUGCCGAUUUUUUCAUGAACAUUUACGGUGCAAGAAUUAGUUUGAACCCUGAAAGUAAAGAAGUAGACCAGCAUGGCGUUAUCUUAUGUGAAAAUUUACAUGUCAGAAGAUUCACGAACGUCGACAGAAGAAUUGGUUUCAACUUGGACCAAGCCAGAGAAAUAAUCAAAAAGCUGGCAAUAUUCCACGCGAUGAGCUUAGGCCUCAAAAUCAAAAAACCCGAAUUAUUUAACGAAAAAGUCAAAACCUUCGUGAGUACAUUAACAUACGAUGGACCCAAAAAAAAAAAUGAGUUUUAUCUUGGACCUAUAAAUGUAAUCAAAGAGAAUCCAGAGACGAGCCAUUUAGCAUCCAGAUUUGAAGAUAAGAUAAAGUCAACAAUCGAACAAGAAGUUAAAAAGUCACGUGAAUUGUGGAGCACGGCCAUACAUACAGAUUUUUGGGUGAAUAAUGUUAUGAUCAAAGAAACUGAGGAGACUUUGGGAAUAAUAAUUUUGGAUCUUCAAACUUGUGGAUACGCCUCGGUGGUCCAAGAUUUAAUAUUUUUUUUAGGAACCUCUAUCGAAAAUGCCACCACCAACGAACAUUUUAGUGAAUUUAUUAAAUUAUAUUAUAACGAGCUUAUUACCAAUCUUGAAUCAUUAAAAGUGGAUACUUCUCAGUUUUCUUACGAAAGUUUUGAAGAAGAGUUGAAGCUUGAAGCCGCAGGCCAGUUAAUACAUAUUCUUUUUAUGAUUCCGAUAAUAUUAGCCGAAAAAGGCAGCGGGGUCAAUACAAAUGAUAAAGAAUUUAAUCCGUCAGAGGGACUAGAAAAAAUGUUUCGAAACAUCACUGAAAAACACAGAGAGAAAUGGGCGGUUUUAGCUGCGAAAUUUGCUGAACAAAAUUGGAUUUAAUUUUGUUGGAAGAAUAAAGUAUUUAUUUGAUUUUA